AUGCAAUCGUGCCCUGGCGAAAACUGCCAGGCUGGCCUCUGGGUCGUCUUCAUCUUCUUUGGCGUCCUGUGGACAACGUUGGCGCCGUUUAUCGACUUUGACUUCCGCGGCACUUUCGGACGCUACCAGUACGGCCUGGCCUCGGCAGGGACCGGUGCUGGCUUAUGCUUAACAGGCAUCUACAUGCUGCAGAGUAUCACCUUCGUACACCGCUCCAUUGUGGGCUUCGUCGAUCCGCUGCUCCAUGCCUUCGAGAUGCUUGGCACUCUGAUCUCCCUGAUCGAUGUGGCCUCUCGAUGGGCGUACGUGUGCUGCGAUGGCUUCCGGCAGUUGAUGGUUCACAGCUUCCGGGGAGCACUUUUCGUUGACUGCCUUGUUUGCACUGCGACGGUUGGUUUAGGAAUCUCGGCUGGACCUCCAGGAGAAGAAAAGCGGACGUGGUGGUCGCUGUCGUUUCUGGCAAGCACACACGUGUUCCGCUGCUUGUCGUGCCUGUCCAAAGGGGACACCAGCAAGAGCCAGGACAACUUCAAAAGGCAAAUCGCUUAUGUCUCGGUGACAGUUCUCAACGGCAUGUUCAUGUUCGCGGCCAUCAUCAUGACGCUCGAGAUCCUGGGGCCACAGCCAGGCAGCAUCGCGCAAGACCGACUGCCUGGCGUGGAAUAUCCGUGGACGAUGUCCGAUGGUCUCGUCUGGUCCGUGUCCCUGUUCACGCUGCUAGGAAACAGUGAGCGGACCCCGAGCUGUUCGAUUGGCCAGAUAGCUGCCGUCUUCGGUUUGGGUGUCGCCAUUUACCAGAUGGCCAGGAUAGUGCCUGUGGGCCUCAACGCCUUGACAGGGCGUGCGAGCUUCGUGGGGCGAUAUCCCAUUGAGAGCAGGCAGCACCGAAGUGAUGGCCACACCAUUGUUACUGGCAGCCCGACGGCGAAGACGCUGAUCGAGUUUCUGUUUGAGUAUUACCAUCCGAACCACUUCGCGGGUGGUUUGGACUUCGAGCGCGAGGCACGCGAUGUCGUGGUAUUCCUCGAGGAUGCCAAGGUGCUGUCCCACCUGCGAAGGUUGCUUGACCUCAAGGACGCCUCCAUGACGGGGCCUGAUGAUUUUGACGUGGCGGCAUACUGGGCCGAGAUCCUGCCGAACAUGAUGACGUCCGAAGUGGACAGUGAUGAUCAGGCAAACAUUAUGCGCCGGGCACCCAGCGUGGAUGCCAUCAAGAUGGGCCUCUUGGGAAAGGUGCGGCGUAUGCCAGACCAGCUACAGGCUUGCAUGUUUCCUGGGGCCAUCACGAUGAUCAGCAACCUCUGCGUUUCUGUUGGCGAGGGCACCGAUGUGAUGUACCGUGUGCGGCGGCACUGGCUGUCCGACUACGAGCACGGACUUGGAAACGAGCUCUACGAGGUGCCGCUUUCCACGGGAUACUCCGGCUACACAUUCAUCGAUGCGUUCGAGGACGUCUUGGUUCGGUCCAAGGGCAGCACGUACUUGAUCGGCAUCACCGACACGGUGCCAUUGAACACCAGUCGCGGCCAUGCAAAAGGUGAAAGGGAGGUGCUGAUCAACCCGGGUCCAGACUUCGAACUCAAAGUAGUCGAGGGGCGCACUGCUGGAGUCUUUAUCGCCCCGGAGCUUGACAAGAUCGAGCAAGUCCCACCUGGCGAAGAUCCGAAGAUUUCGACAGGCGAAGCAUCUGCCAACAUCGCAGACUUUGCGCAGGCCAUGUGCAAGAGCCGGCCGCCGCGCAUCACACUGGAGGAGAGCCCAGUAGCUGCAGAGAUUCGGUGCGAGCCGGCUGGACCGAGCCUAUGCUACGAGGAUUUGCCGGAGGUCAUGCUAGGGGCUUCGUCCAAGCCAGCUGGACGUUGCACGGCCCUGGUCAAGGCGUCCAUCGAUGCCUCAGAGGCCUGGGACCUUUGCGUGGAGGACAGCACGCUGGAAGAGGAGGAUCAAGCCGUGGAUGGCUCUGGAGAACGCUGCCAGGCUGCUACAAGCGCAGGCUCGGGCAUCGAUGCGCGAAGCGGACAUCUGGCACCUGUGCAUCUGUCGGGAUCCGAGUGGCCAUCGCUUCCGGAAACCUUCGACGACUUCGUUGACUGUGAAACCUCCUCGCUGUCCUCCUGGCUGGACAUCGCCGAACCUGACUUGGCCUUUGACGAGGAGCUUCCCUCUAAGCUUUCUCAGAGUGUAGACCCGUCCUGGCUGGGUUUGGCUACUGUACACUGUUCGCUUCGCUCAGGUUGGAUGCAUGUGACACCCUAG